GACAGGACAGGACAGGACAGGACAGGACCUGCACUAAUCAAACUCAAACCCAAACGUCCACCCCCGCCCCCCCUCGUCACUGCUCUCCAGAGGACUUAAAAACCACAGGGCAACUUUUCAACACUCCUCCACCGACACCUCCCUCCAGUCGUGGCACGAAGCAGCGUCUGUCGACACCGGGACUCCUCCGUCCUCCAUGAGAGAAGGAGCGCAGCAGCGGACCUGGGGAAACGGGAUGUCAGCCUCCGUGUUGUCGGCCUUCUACGACAUGGACGUCUUCUACAAGCAGCAGGACCGAAGUCUGAACAUGAACGCCCUGCACAUUAACAACCUGCUGGACAAGAAGGCGGUGGGAGCUCCGCUCUCCACACCGGGCUCCGGCUCCUUCGCGCCGGGUUUCUUCCGCCGCAACUCGACCAGCAACGUGGAGGCGACGAACAACGGCAACAAAUACUCCAUGGCCUCGUACGGCAACUUGAAGGAAAACAGUCCGAGCAGCAACGUGUGCAGCAGCAACUUGUGCAGCAGCAGCAGCACGGCCCUCAUGAACAAGGAGAAUAAGUUCCGCGACCGAGCCUUCAGUGAGGGCGGGGAGCGCGGCGUCCUGCAGCCCAAGGCCGGUUCUCAGAUCAACUCCACCCGCUACAAGACGGAGCUGUGCCGGCCCUUCGAGGAGAACGGCUCGUGCAAGUACGGAGAGAAGUGUCAGUUCGCUCACGGCUACCACGAGCUCAGGAGUUUGUCCCGCCACCCCAAGUACAAAACCGAGCCGUGCCGCACCUUCCACACCAUCGGCUUCUGUCCUUACGGCCCCCGCUGUCACUUUAUCCACAACGCCGACGAGCGCCGGCCCGCUCCGGCCGCCAACGCUAACGUGCAGCAGGCAGCAGAGCCGAGAUCCGCCCGGGAGAUGUGCGGCUACGGCCAGAGGGAGGCGCUGCCUCCGCAGCAGCUGAGCUUCACCCACAGGGACAGACCAAAGCUCCACCACAGCCUCAGCUUCUCCGGCUUCUCCUCCCACCACGGACUCGAGUCCCCGCUGCUCGACAGCCCCACGUCCCGCACCCCGCCUCCCCCCACCACGGCCUCCUCCUGCUGCACCUCCACCUCCAGCUUCUACGACGAGGUGCUGUCUCCGAACAUCAACGGCGCCUUCUCCUUCCCCGGACAGGACUUGAAAGCCUUGCUGGCCCCGUUGGCCGUGCACACCGCCGGCGGCUACGUCAACAACCACUCCACCGGUGCAUACUACGGGAACCUGCAGAGCAGCGUGUGCCCCCCCUCUCCUCCCGCCUUCAACAUGAGCCACUUGCAGGCGCUGCGCCGCCUCAGCGAGUCGCCGGUGUUCGAGCCCCCUCCCAGCCCGCCAGACUCGCUCUCUGACCGGGAGAGCUAUGCGAGCGGGUCCCUCAGCUCCUCGGGGAGUCUCAGCGGCUCCGAGUCCCCGAGUCUGGACGCGGGAAGACGUUUGCCAAUCUUCAGCAGGCUGUCGAUUUCUGACGACUGAUGUGUGUGUGUGUGUGUUUAUUCUUCCAAACCUAUUUAUGGACCGGUCAGAGGGGAGUGAAUGAAGCUAGACUGUCGGACCCCCCUCCCCCCAUAAACUCCCCCCGGCCAGCAGCAGCAGCAGCCUCCACCUCUGCUGAAGUGCCUUUAAGCAAAGACAUUGAUUCCUUACCAGCUCCAGUGGUGCUGCCCCUGCUCUGACCUCCCUGGUGGGGGGGCAGGAGCAGCGGACCUCCACCUGCCGUUAGUUGGUUCACUUUGUUUCCUCUCUGUUUGUACCGUAGCUGUAGAGAGACUGUACCAGCAAACAGAAGGCAUUCCACUAGUGCCUUGCCCAAGGGCUCCUGGCAGCCCACUCUCCCUAUUUUUUUGCUCUGUCAGGCAAGACACACUUUUCCUGGGAUUAGGUGUGUGUGUGUGUGUGUGUUUUCGUGCGUCUUCGUGCGUGUGUGUGAACAUGCCUAGUCUCGGAGUUACGUGUUUUUUCUUUCUUCUUUUUUUCCUUUCUAUUUUUUAAAAGCUUCAACUUCCAUUCCAGACCUGUUUUCUCCCAGCGCCACCCAGUGGUUGGUUAGGUUAGUCUAGUUCGUUGCUUGGUCAAAAAGCACUCUUGAGUUUGGGUUUGUUGGGGAAAUCACUGCUGAUGGUUGAAUAUAUAUUUUUUUAGCUGUUUUUGAGUGAUUGUCAUAGCAGCGCAGCGCUGUCUGUGGACUAUUUAACUUAUUUAUUAUCUUGUGAAAAAAAAAGUCAAAGUAUAGGCUACAUCGGUAAUUUGUGUCCAUACUGUAUUUAUCAAGUAUGAUGAAGCAUAGAUCUAUAUUCUUUUAUGUUUAAAUUAUGAUGGCCAUUAUUAAUCUGCAUAAAGUGGAGUGUAUGUUCUUUUCACAGUAAUAUAUAUUGUUUUUUUUUUCUCCUUUUUUUUGUAACUUCACUCGUUUUUUUUUUAUUGUAAAUGAGUAAAAAAAAAUCUUAAUUUAAGAGAACGUAUGUGAUAUUUAUUUCAUUAAUUUUCUUUGUUUACGUUGAUUCAAAGUCUGCGUGGAUGAAGCUGGCGUUCCCUCCGGAGGUCGUCAGUGCUGUAGAAGGUUUUUCUUUUCUUUUUUUUUUAGAUUUUCUCCCCGUCUAGAUGUCUGUGUAGAAUGUAUAAACAGUGGUUGUACACACCG